AUGCUGAAGAGGCCAACAAAAACUCCAUCACAAGAAGAACUGUCUGUUGACAUUAAAGAGAAGUGGGAGAAACAAAUAAUUGCAGAAGGAAUAUGUGAAGAGUUGAGAGCCCCUAAUCCGUUCUGUCAGGAUACUCUGUCCAUUUUCUGUCCAUGGAUUGGUCCACAAACAAGAUGUGGCAAUGUCAUCCCACACACUGAAAUGCUGAAAGGUGUUGGCGGGAAGACUAAUGAAGAAGGAUCCAAGUGCACCAGUGUUAAUGAGGACCAAAUACUUUCUUUGCUGGAGUCUAAGAAGGUAAAGAAGAGCGAAUUAAUUAAAGCCUGCUCUGACCUGGGCCUUUCUUCUGAGGGAUCGGAAGUUGAUUUGAUAAAUCGUUUGGAGGAAAUGCUGCUCUACAAGGACAUUUAUCCCAAAAUGUUUCUUAAACUUCAGAAGACAGGAGACAAAAAAAUUAAGGAAAAGAUGGAAAGCCAAACUGAAGAAAGCCUCCACAUAAAUCAAGACGGGCAACUUGUGCUGGGAAGUCUGGAACCAUUGCCAGCCUUUACAAUGGAGAAGAUGGAUGUACGGACAGAGCAAAGAGAACAAAGAAAUGGGUUCUCUUUGAGUCUUUUCCCGAUAGACCCUACACUUCAGAAAAAGUUGGAGAACAUUUAUAAAGGCCCUGUGACUGAUUACGCCAUUUUGAAGCUGGAUCAAGCUUUUGUUUACAGAGCAGAUCUUUUGAGUCUCUGUCCCGAAGAGCUUUUAACGGAAGAUGCUUGCAGUGCUCCCUGGCUUACAGAUUAUGUUGUAAAUGCACAGGUGCUUCAGUUGGCAAAACAGAAGGAAAACGUGUUUGCGUUGAAAACGUACAACUACACAGCUUGGUGGCGAAACUCCAUAAAUGGGGAAGACAUCAGCUCACGACAUCUAAAAUGUAUACAGACACUGAAGGAGGACUCAAUUGUCCUUUUUCCCCGAAUUGUUGGCCAUUCCACCCCAGAGACAGGAGAUCAUUUCAUCCUCUGGGCAUUUAAUGGCUCUACAAAAGAAAUCUCUAUCUUUGAUUCACUGGCACAACAUACCAGGAUAUCAGAUCAAGAGAUGCAGAUCUUAAGGCAAGGUUUUGCUAAUGUGUGGAAUCUGGAGGAAUGGGCUGUCCUUUACCCACCUCAGUGGAGACAAAAGGACAGUGUUAACUGUGGAGUUUUUGUUUGCACUACGGCAGAACUUUAUAUUCGUGGUGAAGAGCAGAUGAUUAGAAGCGAGGCCCAGACCUAUGCGCAAGACAGGCCAUCACCCUUCCCAUUCAGCAUCUGA